GCAAGAGAGCAAAGAGAGAGGGCAGGCAACAAAGAUUGCCGUGCUCAUGUAAACAAGGGAAAAAUAUCCAAAAAAAAAAAAAAAGAAUUUUUUUAUCAAAGGUCGAUCUAAACAAGAAAAAAAAAUAGAAAAAGGAUAUAGAUCAAAGGCCUUUGUUUUAAAAUAUCCCUUCAAAUCUUGUGUAUCCACUAUCCAAUAGGAAAACUCACAAAAGAAUUUGUAAAUAUACAUUCUAUUCUAUCGUAAAAAUAAAAAGAUAGAAUUUUUAAUUUGCUAUCAAACGUUAAUUCAUAAAAGAUGGCAGGAGGAUUUGCAGGAGGUGGAUCUGGAGGAGGUGACUAUGAAGGAAAAGUCACAUCUUUUGUUAUCAUGACCUGUUUGGUUGCUGCCACUGGUGGUCUCCUCUUUGGUUAUGAUAUUGGUAUCUCAGGAGGAGUGACAUCUAUGGAUGAAUUCCUUCUCAAAUUUUUCCCAAAUGUAUAUCACAAGGAGAAGGCCUUGAAAGCAGGAGGCAACCAAUACUGCAAAUUUGAUGACCAUUUACUGCAACUCUUCACUUCAUCCCUUUAUUUAGCAGCAUUAGUUGCUUCAUUUGCAGCUUCAAUAACAACCAAAGCCUUUGGCCGCAAGAUCUCCAUGCUUGUCGGAGGUCUAAUUUUCCUCGUCGGCGCUGUCCUCAAUGGUGCGGCCAUGAACUUGGCCGCACUCAUUAUCGGUCGGUUGUUGCUGGGUAUUGGCAUUGGUUAUGCCAAUCAAGCAGUCCCAGUUUACCUUUCAGAAAUGGCACCACCUAAACUUAGAGGAGCACUCAAUGUUUGUUUCCAAAUGGCUGUCACACUUGGUAUUCUCAUUGCAAAUUUGGUCAAUUAUGGUACCGCUAAAAUGGCUAAAAAUGGAUGGAGAGUUUCACUCGUUCUAGCCGCUGUCCCUGCAAUUAUAAUGACUGUAGGAGCUGUGUUCUUACCUGACACACCAAAUUCUUUAAUCGACAGAGGCCAGAAAGAGAAAGCUAAAACCAUGUUACAAAAAAUCCGUGGUACCAGUAACGUAGACAAUGAAUUUGAGGACUUAGUAAUAGCCAGUGACAUGUCUAAGCAAGUCCAAAAUCCAUGGGGAAACAUCAUGAAACCUAAGUACAGACCACAAUUGACAGUUGCUGUUCUCAUUCCUUUCUUCCAACAACUCACUGGUAUCAAUGUCAUCAUGUUCUACGCCCCUGUAUUAUUCAAAACUCUGGGAUUUGGUGACGGCGCUUCUUUAAUGACUGCUGUUAUUACUGGACUUGUCAAUGUCGUUGCCACCCUUCUCUCCAUAUUCACUGUUGAUAAAUACGGCAGAAGAUGUUUGUUCCUCUUUGGUGGUUCCCUCAUGCUUGUCUGCCAGAUAGCUAUUGGUGCCAUCAUAGCCAGUGUGUUUGGGCAGGAUGGUCUGGGAACGUUCAGCCCGGCACUAGGGAACGUGACAGUCGCCUUAAUCUGCAUAUACGUAGCAGCAUUUGCAUGGUCAUGGGGGCCAUUGGGUUGGUUGGUGCCAAGUGAGGUUUUGCCUAUGGAAAUCCGAUCAGCAGGGCAAUCGAUCACAGUCUCAGUUAACAUGUUCUUCACGUUCGUGAUCGGCCAACUCUUCCUCACCAUGCUUUGCGAGAUGAAGUUUGGUCUCUUCUUCUUCUUUGCUGCAUUUGUGCUAGCCAUGACCUUCUUUAUCUUCUUCUUCUUGCCUGAGACUAAAGGGAUCCCUAUUGAAGAAGUGAACAGAAUCUGGAAGAGUAACUGGUUCUGGAAAAGAUAUAUGCCAGAUGAUGAUCACCCUAAUACUAAUGUUUAAGACGACGGCAAGGGAAUGAAAAGGAGGAUUGUAAAUACUUUGGCCACUCGCGGAUGCUAGCUACUACAGUAUUAUAUUUUUUUUUGUUUCCAAUGUUAAUAACUGCUCUCUUUUUGCUUGCCUAUGCUAUUGACUAAUGUUCUUGUGUUACCAACAUUAUUAUUAAUAAGAUCAAUUUCUUUUCCAUGUA